AUGGCCGGUCUGAACGUGUCCCUCUCGUUCUUCUUGGCCACCAUCGCCCUCUGCCAGGCGGCCAGGAGGGCGUCCAGGGCCCUGCUCCCCGCGGGCGCCUGCGUCAGCUUCGCCCUGGAGGCGGCGGGCGCGGCCCAGCUGGGGGCCUGCUGCCUGGAGCUGCGGGUGCUGGCGGAGUUGGGCCCCUGGGCCGGGGGCUUCGGGCCCGACCUGCUGCUGACCCUGCUGUUCCUGAUCUUCCUGGUGCACGGGGCCACCUUCGACGGCGCCUCGGCCAACCCCACCUGGUCCCUGCAGGAGCUGCUCCUGGCCGAGGCCUCCCUGCCCAGCACCCUGCUGAAGCUGGCGGCCCAGGGGCUGGGCAUGCAGGCGGCCCGCGGCCUGACCCGGCUCUACUGGGCCUGGGAGCUGAGCGACCUGCACGUCCUGCAGAACCUCAUGGUGGAGCACUGCAGCUCGGCCCUGCGCACCACCGUGGCCCACGGCACGCUGGUGGAGGGCGCCUGCGCCUUCCUCUUCCACCUGACCCUCCUCCGCCUGCGGCGCAGCCUUCCCGUCUGCCGGGUGCUGGCUGUGGCCCUCCUGGUCACCGGCAUGGCCUACGCAGCUGGGCCCUUCACGUCCGCCUUCUUCAACCCCGCCCUGGCCGCCUCAGUCACCUUCCACUGCCCGGGGAACACCUUCCUGGAGUAUGCCCAGGUGUACUGGCUGGGCCCUCUGGCAGGAAUGGUGCUGGCUGUCCUGCUGUUCCACGGCCGCCUUCCCCGCCUUUUCCAGAGGAAACUGCUGUACAGUCAGAAAAACAAGUACCGAACCCCCAAAGGGAAGCUGGCCCCAGGACCUGAAGACACCCAGAUACCCACAGAGAGGAACAGAGGCCAGGAACCUGGGCGGAGGCGGGUGGGACAGCAGCUGCCAGGUGCCCUGUGA